AUGCGGCUCCUCCUCGUGCUACUCACCCUCCUCGCCACCGUCGCCCACGCAUUCUACCCCAAUAUCUAUGCGUACAGAUACAUGGACGGGUUGAGAGACUACCGUAACCCGGCGUACGCCCCACGCAUCCGGGAUUCUGGCGAGAAAAUGGCCGUACAAGGAGAGGCACCCAGCAGAACUUCCGAUUAUAAGGUGAAACGCUUCCGGCCUUGCUUCUACUCGCCGAUCCAGUGCCUCAUCAAGAAG